AUGUUUGCCGUCCACUUGCUAGCUUUUCAUUUCACAAAGCUAAAAGAGGAUCAAAUAAAAAAGGUUGACAGGUACCUGUAUCAUAUGCGUCUCUCCGACGAUGUCUUGCUGGACGUGAUGGCUCGCUUCCAAGCCGAGAUGGUGAAAGGCCUGGGGAGAGACACGAACCCCACGGCAACAGUAAAAAUGCUGCCGUCGUUUGUGCGCUCGCUUCCCGAUGGCUCAGAGAAGGGUGACUUCCUUGCUGUUGACCUGGGUGGCUCCCAGUUUCGUGCCCACCAGGUGAAGGUGUUUGAUGACGGGAAGCACAGCAGCCAGCUGGAGAGCAAGUUUUACCCCACACCCAAGGAGGUCAUACAGGGGAACGGAGCCGAGCUCUUUGAUUACAUUGCUGACUGUCUGUUAGACUUCAUGGAGACCAAAAACCUGAAGCAUAAGAAGUUACCUCUUGGCUUUACAUUUUCUUUUCCAUGCAAACAGACCAAACUGGACGAGGGGGUUCUUCUUGCCUGGACGAAACACUUCAAGGUGCGAGGAGUUCAGGACACAGAUGUGGUCAGCUCUCUGCGCAAGGCCCUCCAGAAGCAUAAGGACAUAGACGUUGAUAUUUUGGCACUGGUCAAUGACACCGUGGGAACCAUGAUGACUUGCGGAUAUGAUGACCCGCGCUGUGAAGUUGGACUCAUAAUUGGGACUGGCACAAAUGCAUGCUACAUGGAGGAAAUGAGGCACAUCGAUCUGGUGGAAGGUGAUGAAGGGAGGAUGUGCGUUAACACAGAGUGGGGUGCCUUUGGAGAUGACGGUGCUUUGGAUGAUCUCCGCACAGAGUUUGAUCGGGAGCUUGAUCUGGGAUCUCUCAAUCCUGGAAAACAAUUGUUUGAAAAGAUGAUCAGCAGCCUGUAUUUGGGGGAACUUGUAAGACUCAUUCUCCUAAAAAUGACAAAGGAAGGUCUACUCUUCAAUGGGAAAGUGUCAACAGCUUUGCUUACUAAGGGCAAGAUCGAGAUGAAACAUGUGUCUGCAAUGGAAAAAUAUAAGGAAGGUCUGAGCAACACAAGAGAGAUCCUUACAGAGCUGAACCUGUUUCCCUCUGAAGAGGACUGCAUCGCUGUUCAGCACGUCUGCACCAUCGUUUCCUUCCGCUCGGCCAAUCUCUGUGCUGCUGCCUUAGCAGCCAUACUGACCCGACUGAGGGAGAAUAAAAAACUGUUAAGGAUGCGCACCACUGUUGGGAUUGACGGGGGACUCUAUAAAACUCACCCCCAAUAUGCCAAACGUCUGCACAAGGUGGUGAGAAGGCUGGUCCCAAACUGUGAUGUUCGGUUCCUCCUCUCUGUGAGUGGCAGUGGGAAGGGGGCUGCCAUGGUCACAGCAGUGGCAUACAGGCUGGCUGCUCAGCGCAAGCAAAUCGAUGCUGCUCUUGCACCGUUUCUGCUGUCCCUGGAGACCCUCAGAGAAGUUAAGAACAAAAUGAGGACCGAGCUGGAAUAUGGGCUAAAGCGAGAGACGCAAGCCAGUGCUACAGUGAAGAUGUUACCCACAUAUGUCUGUGGGACACCAGAUGGAACAGAGAAAGGAAAGUUCCUUGCCCUUGAUCUUGGUGGGACAAAUUUCAGGGUUCUGCUGGUCAAAAUCAGAAGCGGGAGAAGAAGAUCAGUGCAAAUGUAUAACAAAAUCUUUGCCAUUCCUUUGGAGAUCAUGCAGGGGACGGGGGAAGAGCUCUUUGACCAUAUUGUCCAGUGUAUAGCAGACUUUCUGGAGUAUAUGGGGAUUAAAGGUGCUCGACUGCCUCUGGGCUUCACCUUCUCCUUCCCGUGCAGGCAAGCCAGCAUCGACAAGGGAACACUUGUGGGAUGGACAAAAGGUUUCAAGGCAACAGACUGUGAGGGGGAAGAUGUUGUUGAUAUGCUGAGAGAGGCCAUCAGGAGAAGAAAUGAGUUUGACUUGGAUAUUGUAGCAGUGGUGAAUGACACCGUUGGGACAAUGAUGACGUGCGGAUAUGAGGAUCCAAACUGUGAGAUUGGCCUUAUCGCAGGAACAGGCAGCAAUGUGUGCUACAUGGAGGACAUGAAAAACAUAGAAAUAGUGGAAGGGAAUGAAGGAAAAAUGUGCAUUAAUACAGAAUGGGGAGGAUUUGGAGACAACGGCUGCAUUGACAACAUCAGAACAAAAUAUGAUAAAGUAGUAGACGAAGGCUCACUAAACCCAGGGAAACAGAGGUAUGAAAAAAUGACCAGUGGAAUGUACCUAGGUGAAAUAGUAAGGCAAAUUUUGAUCGACUUAACCAAACAAGGACUGCUGUUCAGAGGACAGAUUUCGGAAUCACUCAGGAAAAGAGGCAUAUUUGAAACAAAAUUCCUGUCUCAGAUUGAGAGCGAUCGGCUCGCCCUCCUCCAAGUCCGGCGAAUUCUGCAGCAGCUCGGCCUGGACAGCACGUGCGAAGACAGCAUCAUUGUGAAAGAGGUGUGUGGAGUUGUUUCAAAGAGAGCCGCCCAGCUCUGUGGGGCGGGACUGGCAGCUAUUGUAGAGAAGAAGAGAGAAAACCGGGGUGUGGAGCGCUUGCAAAUCACCGUUGGAGUAGAUGGGACUUUGUACAAGCUCCAUCCACAUUUUUCUAGGGUCCUGCGGGAAACAGUGAAAGAACUGGCACCUCAGUGUGAUGUGACUUUCAUGCUCUCUGAAGAUGGAAGUGGGAAGGGAGCUGCCCUCAUUACUGCAGUAGCAAAAAGAUUGCAUAAUGUUGGACAGAAGUAA